CCAACAAUCGUGAGAUUAGUUCAUUCAAAUAUGCCAAGAAGAUCAAGUGGCGUUAAUGUACCUGGAAUUACAGAUGUUACAACAUUUACUUUGCGUUUAGGCACUAGGCAGGGAGUGGAGUCUCGUGUUAUGAGAGUUGAAACACAUCGUGACUUAGCAUUUUGGGCACGGCAUUUAGUUCAAGGGGCCCAUAAUGCAGCUUAUGCAAUGAAAGAAGCACAUUUUUCUUGCCUUUAUCAAGGUCAGGAAUGUGUUAUUACUAUCCAUUUUGAAAAUGGAUUUAUGCUACAAGAUGGCCGACAUCAUACCAUUUUAUGGCAGUACCCAUUUGAAAAACUCCGAAUGUCGGCAGAUGAUGGGAUGCGGUUGGUUUGGCUUGAUUUUGGGGGAGAAGAUGGAGAAAAGGAGCUAGACUUAUUACAAUCACCAAAGCCUUUCAUUUUCACCCUGCAUACUUUCUUGUCUGCGAAGGUCAUACGAUUAGGACUGGUUGCAUGACAAUUACAGCAAUGGGAAUGCGCAGAUGACCCUUCUGAUGACAUCUUCGGUCCCUAAGUUAAAGUUGAUUGUAAAACUUGCUUCCUAAGAAAAGGCUUCCCAUCACUUGUUGUCCAAAAACAACUAUUUGCAGUUUUAAUGCAAGAAAACAGUUUGUUGCACAACAUAUUCUUAGCUUGCAAGCUCUUUAUACAUAAAGAACAAAACAAAUGUUAUGUUUUCCUUUUGUAUUAACGUAAAGUGCCCUGUUGCUACUGCAGAUUGUGAAAAGCAUAAGCAGUUCUGAUUUGGUGUUGGAUGUGUUCUAUAAUUUGUAUUAGCAUUUCAGACUGAUGGAAAGCAUUUUCAUGACUGUGUUUCACAUUGUACAAAGUUGACUAUAUUUUUAAAGGACUAAACAAAUUGACUGUAUUAGAUGACAGUGAGCAUUUUCAAAGGAAUAGAGAGAUCUCAUUAAAAUAAAAAAAAAAGAUAUAGUUAUUUUCUGGUAAUUGCUAAAAAUAUAGCUUUAAUAUCAUUCCUAAUUUUGUAAUUUCCAAUCAGUUAUUCAAAUAUUUUUGGGGAAAGUUAUAAAUUCUUGUGUUUUCAAAUUAGGCUGCCUAAAGGAGCCUAUUGUGCUUAAUAUGUAUGCUUUAUAGAUCGUAGAGAAUUGUUUUGUUUCUUGAGUAUGAAAGAAACAUUAAUUAAUCAUUUUUCUUAUCAACUUAUAUCUAUUAUUCUUUAAGCUUUUUUAUGAAUAUUGUAAACCAUUGUAUCAUUAAAGUAAGUUACUAUAUAUAUACUAACAAAAAUUAAGUAAAAAGAAAAAGCCUAUGAGCAUUCAGUAACCAAUUUUUGUUGUCAGAAAUUUAAUUUGCAAUAAUCAAACACAGUUUUUACUUAUAUUCUAAUUCGAUCCCAUCUUCCUUGAUUGAUGUAACAUUUUCACAAUAUUUUUCAUUCCACUUUCAUUUGUUUGAUGUUUUAUUUCAGGAUUGUCUCAUUUGACUA